GUCACUACCUGAAAUGGGGAGACGAGAUCCUUCCACAUGUGACCGGUUGUUGACAAACGUAGCUGAAGGUGAAAGAGAAUUGUGGUUUACAUGGCCAGAAACGAGGAGAAACAUCAUGGUAAACUGAACCGACUGUGGCUUCAGAAAGAAAGAGAAGAGGGUCGGAUCAAAGAUGCACACAAAGCUAGACCCUCAUUGUCAUCCCUUAAUACAGCAUCAGCUGUGAAAAAAUGGAUUCCAACCAUCAAGAAUGAAAUCGAAUACUACCUCCAGCAGUCCCAGCUGCCCCACUACCCCGAGAGGAAGAUUUCGGAGUUCCAGCAGCACAUCGAAGAGCUGGGGGAGGAAUACAAACGCCACAUCCGCAAACUUCGAUCCCUCGACCCGUCGUGCAAGCACCAUCCGUGGACACCCCGGGCCUACACGAAAAGGAGACGGGAGGACGUUGGACCUCCGUGUGCAGCAAAGAGGCUUUGCACCUCUGAACCCCGUGACCUGACCGCAAGCAGCAGAGACGGUACGCCGGCCUCCGUGCGACCGCAAGGCCAUCUCCCAUCAGGCCCGGCGGUCCGCUCCGGCCCAGACCUGCCAGAUCAGGAUCAGCCUCUUUCCUUCGACGCGACCAGGAUGGCUCUUAAAUUAGCGGGGUCCCGGGCGGCGCCGGCGGGCCUCCAUUCGGACGGCGUGACUCGCGCGCUCUUGUCGGGCCUGCCCAACCUCCACAGCUCCCCCUGGGGGCAGACGACCGAAGCGCGGGGUACUGCGGGCGCACGGGACGGGACGUCCGGGCCCCCUGACCCCGGCCCUGUUCCUCAGCGUGCGACACAAGGGCUGGGGCUGUGCUGUUACUCUUCCUCCGAUGAGGACACGUAGAGCACAAGCUGGCAGCUGAGCAAGAGAACAGUACACAUUGGCGAAGUGCCGCGGCAGAGGACUACUGCUGGGGUGUGCAGGGUGCAUGCGGUCUUCUUAAGAACUCCCCCCCCUUAAUGAGAAAACUUUUGAUGAUUUAAAAAAAAAAAAAAAAAAAAAAACAGCAUUAAUACUUGGCCAUAACAGUGAAUACUGUUGUCCCAGUGAUGGGAAUGCUUAGUGUUUGAGUAAGUUUAGUAUUUUCCAGAAAAUACCACUUCCAACAAUUGCAUUAUGGGAAUUGAAAUGUGCCUGGUCACCACACAUAAUGGCAGAGCUUAUGAAAUUCAAUACAUCAACACUGUGUGCAGGUAUGAAAAUAAUGUUAUUCGGUAUGAUGUUAUACAGUGUAUGAUUAAACAUCAAUAAUUUUGAAUGCCUGGUUAGAAUUGUAGGCCUGUCCCAUUCCUUGAGCAUCCACCAUCAAUCAGGAGUGGACAUACUAGCACACUUGUGACUUAUUUUCAGUUGAAUGAAUGAAUGACACAUUGAAUUUAUGUAGCACUUUUCCAGAAGCUCAAAGUCCUUUACAACGAUCAGGGGGAAUUUGUCUCAACCACCACCAAUGUGGAGCACCCACCUGGGUGAUGCACGGCAGCCAUUUUGCACACGCAUCAGCUGAGUUGGAGUGUGAGAUUAAAUCUAAUUUUGCUCCGGAAUGCUCAACGCACAUCGGCUGAGUUGGAGAGUGAGAUUUUAGGCAAUGAAAUCAGAAUGGUUAGGUGGCUGGUUGAAAGAUCCAGGUUUGGAAUUUAGCCAGGACACCAGGGAACCCCCUACUCUUUGCAGUGAGUGUCAUGGGAUCUUUAAUGACCACAGUGAGUCAGGACCUCGGUUUAAUGUCACAUCCGAAAGACCGCAUCUCCUACAGCACUGUGUCCCCAUCACUGCCCAAGGGCAUAUUCCACCUGAGAGAACAUUGCCCCCCUGCUGGCCCACCAACACCACUUCCAACAGCAACUUUGUUUUCCCAGGGGGCCUCCCAUCCAAGUACCAACCAAGCCCACACUUGCUUAGCUUCCAGCAUUCAGUUGCUGUUUGGUGCUGUCAGUUGUUUUCAGUUAUUUUCCAAUCAACCAGAGGAGCUGCGCAGGUACUGUGUAGGAGGCCUGGGCAGGUGGCAUAGCUGGGUCACUGGCAUCUAACUGGCCCGGGAGAGUUGCCUUACGAGCAGUUUCAUAUAGGUUUCUGCUUUGGUCAACUUGUUAUGUGUUCUUUCUGUUAGAUGAAUCUGUUUUCAAUAUGAUGCAGUGUUAUGUAAUGUCCACGAAACAGAACAGUUCAAUAAAAACCAAGAAAAAGUAGAAGAAA